AACAUAAUAAAAUUGAAUCAAGUUGAAGAGAUAAAUAAAACAGUGUUUGGGUUUACACAAACUUGUCUUUCGCGCCACAAGGAUUUCUCUUCUCUUCUCCACAAACUCGUUAAUUUCACUUUUUUGCUUCUCCUUCACUUUCACUUCUGGAACUAUUUAUUAGGAAGCUACUGGACUCGCAAGUUUCUCGAGCCUGAUGGGGAAAAAAGAAGAAUCAAAUCAUCCAUUUGGCAGACCUUACAAUUUUAUGGUGCCUCAAGAUCAAACUCCAAACAACCCUAUGCUACCACAUUGGACAACAAGUAUGCAGUCUUAUUACAAUUUGGGGUCUACUCCGACUCCCAUUUUUAAUCCAUUUCCUGCUGGUCCUUACUUGUACCAUCAGUACAUGUGGCCAAAUCAGGUUCAGGCAAACAAUGCACUACUUCAUGAUGCUUUACAUGAUCCCGCGAGGCUCUCCAAUAAACCUCACAUUGCUGAGGAUGCUGCACUGGCCUUUUCAGAAGUGGUACAAAGGAAUUUUGGCGAAAGAAACCCAAACUUCAACAAACUUUCUAGAAACUUACAACCCUUAAGAUUAACAAGUGGGGUAUCAAGAGAAUGUGAAAACCAAUCUUUAGCACCAAAAAAUGACAGGGAUGGAGCCUCAACGAGUGCAGCAAGUGGAAGCAAGAAAUCAUCAGAUGAAAACCAAGAUGACACUGACAAAGAUUUUCCUUUAAGUAAGAAGCAGAAACCUGACUUGAUUACUGGGGAUGAAAAUCCAUCUGGGCUGACUCAGAAUUUGGAGACAGUCGUCAAGGAAUCUGAUGCUGAUGUUGAUGGUGAUGGUGAUGGUGAUGCUGACACUCAACUAAAAUUUACGGAAGGCGAUGAUAUAAGAAAAGAAAGAAAAAGACAGUCAAACAGGGAAUCAGCCAAGAGAUCAAGGAUGAGGAAACAGCAAGAAUGUGAAGAGCUAUGUAAAAAGAUAGACACUCUUAAGGAUGAAAAUUCAGUCCUAACACAAAGGCUCGUUGCACUUUCUGAGGAAUGUAUGGAGCUUACCAAUGAAAAUGAUUCCAUUCAGGAAGAGCUAAUUACGAAGUAUGGACGCGAAUCAAUUGAAGAUCUAUUGGACCUCAUGAAGCCUCCUGCUUGACAUUGUUUCUGGAGGACUCCCAAAAAACAGUUUAAGAUAGGACCCAACUUAUGUUUUUCUUUUCGGAUAACAAAAUUUAAGAUGAGGGGAUGGUUUCUUAGUAAUAGUUAGAGAAUACCUUAUGGCUCAAGAAAUACUUAGAAAGAGAUUUACAUUUACAUCUUCUAAGGAUACCGGUGAAGCUCGAACCCGGAACCAUCGAGUCCAAGACCUGUAUCUUUAUUCUAAGCAAACCCUUGGUGUUAUUUGGGCUGCACUUGAGUUUUGACCCUGCUUUAAUCAAUAUUCCGUAUUAGACAUUAGAUAGAAUGAGAUAUAUUUGUAAAUCAACUUUAAAAUAAUCUUUUAUUAGUAAAAAUAAAUUUUGAGAUUUUAAAAUUUUAAGGUUUAGGAGAUAUAUUUUAAUUACCCUUAUUUUAUUUUGCAACAAAGUACACGUGAUAUUUUGGGCAUGUUUGUUACAACUUAAAAAGAAUAUUUAGUGUGUGUCAAAAAAAAAUUAAUGUAUUUCAUUUUUUUACAACUUUUUUUAAGUUUUAUUUUUGAAAAAAAUAUUUCAAAUUCAAAUAAAAAUUUGGUUUGAAUU